UACAACACCACCCUCCUACCUAAUUGUCUUUCGUCCCAGACCUUCCGCUGACGAUCGCGCCGCCUAAAAAUAUACAGGCCCAAUUAUAAAAUGUUAUUACCUUUCCUUAACACCUCAUAGUAUUGGAAACCACAUCAUCACAUCACGAUGGCAACACCAAAACACGCAGCGCAGGUCGUCGCGACCCCACCAGUAUCUACACCUUUCUCGACCGCCCACCUUGCCUUUUCUCCCCACGGUCCUCGAUCUGUUGUCCCGUCGCCACAGCAGGUCAAAAAAUCUCCUGCGAACUCAAACACCGUCUAUGGAUAUCCCAGCGGAGGCGGAGGUCAUCCUACUAAUUCCUCCUUUGGGGGCGUAGGCUAUGAUAGUCCAUCUGCGGCAAUGGCUUUGGGUGGUGUACAUGGGAUGGGAGACUUGGAUGCAGCGAUUGGAGGUCAGGGGAUGGGUGGUCUUGGGGGGUUGGGCAGAGCGGUGGGAGAUGAUGAGAAGAAGAGGAAGUUGGAGGAGGUGGUGUCGAUUUUGUCGGUAGGUUAUUGCUUAAUGGAGGGUUAUGAUUUGAUGGGGGGUUUCUGACUAAACUUUUGGACAGAGUAAUAAAGGACGACUGAGCACCACGGGAAUCGCACGAUUGGUUCAACGAGCUGGGUUGUCUACGGACUGGAUGGAUGAUGAUGGGCUGCGGGUCUUGAUUUGCGCCGGCCGAGGAUUCGGACUCGAUAUUGCCUUUAGGGCUUCAACCAUCCAUAAUGUGGAAUUGACGAUACCUGAAUCUCCUGAGAUUGUGUCGAAACACUUACCGAAAGCGGGAAAGAUUUUGAUGCGUAAUUUGAAGAUUGGCCCGGGGGAGAGUUCGUUUACAAAGGAGCUCGACCGGUUUGCGGCGAAUUUGGAACGAUUGGCUACGCUGGAUAAGCUAAGUGGUCAUCCGGGACUGAAAUGCCAUGAGGCUCUUGCUGGCGUAUAUGAGAGUCUGGAAAGACUGCAUUUAUGGGAGGUCAAGAAGAUCAAGGAGGAUCAGCCCGAGAUGGGAAAGAGAGAUUUGGCAUAUGUCGAGAGAGCCGCAAUGUGUAAUCGCAGUGGCAAGCCGGCUAUGCAUGUGAGAGAUAGGAUUGGACUGAGUCUGGAUUAUUGGCAGACGAAACGACUGAUCUCUUCUCCCACAAUAUCGCGAGAGAAGGAACAGACUUGGUCACUGUUGGUGGAAUGCGCCCCUGCUACUAGCCUGUCUGUUUUUCCACCUCUGCGCGUCUCUCAGGAUUGGAUCUCGAAGAAGAUCUCCAAAUCCGCUACGCAAGUUGAACUUUUCCUUUUAGAUGCCACACAAGGACCCCUUCUUGAUUGGCAGGAGCCUGAGAAUGUUCUAUUUCCCACAAACGACGACCCGAAAGGGGAUACCAUGGAGGGAAUUGACCAGGCGCCAAAUCAAAAGGUUCCAGAGGUGAUAUUCGUCGCGAAGUUCGAUCCUCCGAUCAUCGUACCGCUGCAAUUAGCGAUGCAGAUUCAUAAUGCUACGCAGGCGCAGUUUGAUGUCUAUCAGACUACCACCUUUGAUGAGCUUAUGUUCCCUUCGGGCGCCAUGGAUUCCAUGGUUAAUCACAACGAAUCAAGAACAAUCCACUCUGAGACCACAAUACCGGUCUUCAGUCGUUGGGGUGGAAGCAUGAAUCUCCAAACCGAGAAGAGCCAUCGCAACACUCUCCUCAUCGACAGAAUUGGCUAUGGCAGAACCCUAACGGAACUCCCAUUCUCACAUCCGAAGGAACUCGUCGGUAUCCUUCCCUCACUCCGCCAAUACGCAUUCCUUUCUUCUCUCCUCAAAAAGACCUUUGGCCCUGAACACAAACCCAAGCCCGACCCUGAAGAAGCAAAACCACGGGGUCUACGACCGAGCAAAAACGAAGAAUUCACUUUCUUCAUGUCAAAUGCUCCACCUCCCACUCCCGUCGUCGAUUACCUCAAGUUAGAUGUGGCUCUGCAAAUUGACUCGGAUAAGAUCAAGUUGCGUAUCAUCUUCCCGUUCAAGAAGGCGACGGCGGAUGUCACGUUCUUGAUCAAAGCGAAUGCGGCUCUGGAGGUGGUGAGUGAGACUUUGUUGGGGAAGCAGAAGGGGGAGGGGAAGAAAUUGACGAGGGGGGACUUGGCGAGGAUGUUGGAGGUUACGGAGGAUUUGGGGGCUUGGGUUGAGUUUGUUAGGGGACGGUUUGCGUAG